GACGACGAUAAAACCGAUAUUCUCUUAAUGGAAAAUGGUCAUGUGAUGCACAGGUAUACAAAGCUUAACCAUACACUAUAUAUUGUACCUGCAGGUAAAAUCGAUUUCUACAUUUACAGCGACAGAUUGAACUACUGCAAACUACAUGUACACCUGGGUUAAGAUCAGACCUUUAUUCUUCAAUUCUAGAUUGGGAUUUCUUCACUUCUGGAGACUACACUUCUGGAACCAGUUAUUUACGUCUGGAGAUUUUUAAUUAACCCAGUUGAGGCUACAUAGUGAAUACAAAUCUAAAGUAAAUACACAAAUGGAGUUCACUACAAAUCUGGAAGCAUUAAAUAUCUGAGUGUAAUUUCGAUCAGUGUCGUAAGUAUUAAAUCUGGUGUCAUUACGAUACGUUGUGGCAAAUCUACAUUUCUGUUGUCACAACUACAUAUCUGGUGUCAUAGCUCGGUCCUGGUGUCAUUACUGCGGCUGUCAUUAGAGCUACACAUCUCAUUCCUAUGCUUUACGAAUCAGAGAUUAACACCUGAGAUUAUCAUUUCCUGACAGUUCCACGAUGAAUGGAUUUUCAAUAUGCACCUUACUGCUUCAACUGGUCAGCAUAUACGUGGAGGGACAGAAAACAACAUUCUUAGAGGGCCCCCUAGGGGGUGACAGCAGAGAAAACGAACAAUGGAUUUGCUCCCCAUUCCGACCAGCCGUGGAUGGCUGUAAGGACAUGAGCCCAAUGGAGGCAGAUUUACAGAAAAAACAACAAGAAAUUAAUGAGCUGAAAGCCUCUCUGGCAAAAUUGCAGGAGGAUUUAAACACAUUAAAAACAACAGGAGGAAUUGGAAACAACAGUGGCUCCUGUCAAAAACGGACAGUGUGUCCUGAUGGUUUCUAUUUCAACGAGCAAUUACAAUCGUGCUAUCUUUUCCAAUACGUUACAAAUGCAACCUGGUUCGAAUCUAACGCAUUCUGUAAUGCCAUGGGAGCACAUCUUGUUUCGAUAGAAACUGCAGAGGAACAUACGUGGCUUGUCCAAAAAAUUAAGGACGACGGCAGUGCGUAUAAAUACAGGUUGGAUACGGUCUGGCAUGGGGGCACUGACGACAUGUACGCCCUUUGGACAGGGGGUAGUAUGUUAACAGGAACAUUUGGUUGGGCUGGAGGCCCUUGUUUUGAUCCUAAAGUAGGAACAUUUACUAAAUGGGCCCCUGGACAACCGGAUAACGCUAAUGGAAAAGAGCAAUGCACAUUAUUGUGGGCCGCUAUGAAUUUUGAUUGGGGAGACUGGUACUGCUGGCAUAGAAUGCAUUUUAUAUGUGAAAUAGAUCUCUAGACACCAUUUGCUCAAACGCUCAACCACCAUGCAUUCCAAAUUUCAGUCACGUGACCCUGCCAAACAUGUAACAAAAUCAAUGAAUGUCGUUAAUGGAAUAAAAAAUAUCUGAAUAACAUGGCGUCAAUGACUGUGAUUCAACCAUUCAUUCGUAUUUUUAAUUUAGACAUUAUGCAGUUUAAUCACGCGACCCAGUUUACAGUUGUUCAAACCGCAGAUAUCCUUAAGGAUACAGGGUAGCUAGCUCAAUAAACCUUGGCUCAAGAUACAUGACACGUUAGAGGAACGAGAACAAUUCUCACAAAUUGUUCCCUCUAUCAGCUGCAGAAGUCCACUUUUGGGCUUUUCUGGUAGUAAUAAAAAUAUGUAAUAUGUAGUUUACCUCGAGGAAUAUGGAAAAACUAAUGUCCUGCAUUUGUAACUUCACUGAAGCCUGUUUCCCUUUUAAACGUGGUUACAUGGUAGGGUAGAGAGAACACUCCUGCCAAACGCGUAACGCAAACAAUAUAUGGCUUG